AUGUCUAUUCUGUCCGUUGCAAUUGUGGUAGUCACCGUCGUCAGCCCUAUCUUCAUAUCAGCGGUCCAAUCGAUCUCAGAACACCUGGCUUGCGCCAAAAUCUAUAUUUCGAGAGCUUUCGGGAAAAUGUCUGCUUUCAACAUUGACGGUAUUAUCAAAGAGCUUGAUCAGUGGCGGGCACUACACACAUCAUACAUGAAGCCAUCUUCCGCUUCCACGCCAGUUCCUGAGUCCGAUAUUGCGUGCCUAGGGACCGAUAACCUCCACCACAAGAACCACACAUUGUUUGACCCGGGUUUGAGUGAGCUGGGCUCACUAUGGCGCGGUCAAAUCAGUCAGGGUCCGGUUUCCACCUCGGGCCAUCUUACCAAUGGAUCAACUUUCGGGAGUCUUUACAGUGAAGUUUUACUUCUCAACCGGCAAGUUUUGCUUUUCGUCAUGAUUGUUCUGUUGAUCAUACCAGCAGUAACAUCCAUAUUCACUUGGUAUUCCCGCAGGCAUUGCCUCCAAGUAGCGAACAUUGAGAUUCUAGAAUUCAUCAACGAAGUCCGUGCCCGGAAAGCGUUCCUGCUGAAAAGGAUGAGCUCCGCUGUUUCAAUGCUGAACGGCCAAAUUGACAGCAUCAUGAAGCAAAUAGCGAUGGAGCAUGAGCGGGUUUCUGCCGAACUACCCACCUUCCUUGAUACUGAAGUCAGAGAACUGCGACAUGCUCUCGAGACACAAUUUCAGAACGAAUUUGAUCACCAUGUCCUGGAAGUAAGGAAUUUUGCGGACAGCUUGGAACGCGCACGGAGGAGUUUUCCAGAUCCCGAAGCCAUUGAAGCGGAGUGCAAGGAUUUCCAGUCUGAGCUUCAACGCUGGAGACAGCAAAUGGGCAACUUUCUCGCUCAUGCCAGUAUCGAGGCUGAAAAGAAUGGUAAUAUACAGAUUCCUGUCAAGCAUAUCAUGGCGACCCCAGAGGAAGUACCGACUGCUCAGGUUACUGAGACUGAAUAUGAGGCCAUCGAAGACAAAGUGGACAGAAACGACUCUGGAAGCCUAACUGUGAGCGAGAAGCCUCGAGCACUAGACGAGGAGCCAAUCUCGAGAAUGGCGCUGUGGGCAACAGCGUCUGGAUACCCUGCACCCACACCAGGGGAAAUCGAAGAAGGCCGAAGAAUUCGGCGCGAGAGAGUCGCAAAACGUAUGACAGAGAACAAUGGUCAACGAUCUGUGAGAAGCGAGUCUGGGCCCAGAAAGCGCAGAUGCCCGUUCCGAAACAGGGGCCACGGCAUGCACAAGCAAGACCACGAUGCGGCUCGCCAGUCCCCCAACCCCUCCUUGCACUAG